GCAUACAUGUUUAGUUUGGCCGAGUGUGGCAAAAUUGGUUUGUUGGAUUCUUGGUUCAAGAAAAACAGUCGUAGACUUGUAACUUAAAGUUGUAUGAAAAGCUGGCAUAGAUUUAAACUCAUUAGAUGUCUAGCGAUGUUCAGAUAAACGACGAGGAUCAGCAACCUGUUUUAAAAUGCAGAAAGCCUUCUUCGUCUAAUGGUUUUUUUACGUUCAUCAAACAUGGGGGAAAAAUAGAGGAAGGGAUUGAACACAAUCAUUCUCUUGGAGAAAUGGGCAGAAGUGUUUGCAAUGUUGCUGGUUGUAGCUUUACAGUAGAAGGAAAAGAAACAAGGAGUCUAGUAAACCAUUUAAAGACACACCAAAAAGAAUAUGUGCAGUUUUUGUCCAAAUGUAAAGAAAAGGUUGUAAAAGUCAGGGCUGUGCCUCAUAAUGUAAACACAGUCGAGACAACAAUCAAAGAUCCACCAACUGUCGAAGAGAAAAUUGUAGCAAGUCAAGUUUUCCAAAUAAAUGGAGCUGCAUCACUUCCCUCGCCCAACCUGACAGUAGAUAACUGUGACAAUAAGUUACCUGUUCUGCAAGAAAAUGUGGAAAGGGGGUCACCUCAAAGACAGUGUCUGUCAGAACUACCUCUAAAUUCUCCUCUCACUAUGCCUGUGCUCCUUCCACUUGGUACCACUCUAAUUGUUUUGGAUCCCUCAACUCUUAAAAUCGUUCGUGCCAACUCCAGUCAAAAUUUACCGCCGAAAGAAAAGAAACCUUCGCCCGUUACCGUGAUCGUAGAAAACGAACCACUUGGAAAUACUUCAGCGUCCUGUGCAACUCCUUCUCUCUUGAAAUGUAGCCAACCGACAGCUAAUCCUAAUUCCCCUGUUGACAAUGGCGCAUUAGCGAUGAAAGAACAAAAAUUCAUUUCCCAGAGCAGUACCGUUCUUUCCACAGAAACUCUUGAUGCUAGCAUUACUGGGAGCGAAUCAUUAGAAGCCGUCCAUGAGCAUCUAAAAGUAACCGCCUCAAAGAAACAACCUAGCGUUCUCGAACAGCCACAACAACCUUCAAUUCGGUCUCUUGAGAAACACUCCGAUCUGCUUUCUGUCAAUCAACUGGACACCACAAAAAUGUCACCACUGCAGGUUGAAAAUACGGAAAAUUCUUCUUCAUUAAUUGAGAAAUCUGCUCGAACAAAUGACAGUCAAGCUGGUUUACUCAGUAAGGACGUCCCCCUGACAGCCGUGUCUGAAAUGACGGAACUACUGGAGCCGAAUUCGCAUGAAGAGUGUGCGUCAACGAGCCCUCUGAACAGCUUUAAAAAAAGUCUGCCCAUGGCAACUGGCAUAACCGUAGCUUCGUUUGCUAAAAUCGGUGAUGGGUCUGAGGAAAGAGCUCAAACUGCUUUGACGUCGAUGCCUCCACUCCUGGAAUCUAGUGUACCGGUUAAAGAACCUCUUGCAGCCGCUUCGACAUCACAUUCUGAGGAUUCCCCCAACAGUAAUAAAUCUGCUGUUAAUAGCCCUACUAUUCCACAUGCGGAGCCUUCGCCUAUUACUGAAUUGGACGUUCUUCAUGCUGGAUCUGUAUCUGGUACCACAAAUGUUUGUGACAAGUCUUCAGGUGAAACGGUGGACGAAAGAACGCAUCCGGUUUUCCAGUUUUUUAAAUUUAAUUCCGUCCAUGGGAAGAGUGAGUGCAUUGUUGAUGGCUGCGGAGUUUUACGCAAUGGAAAAAACCCGGCAACUCUUAUUAAUCAUCUGCGAGUAAAACAUCCUAAAAAGGCAUAUACUGAGUUCAUGGCCAAGUGGACAACAAAUUGGGCUCGACCAAAAAGAACGACAACAAUGGUUAACGUUUCCAACAUAGCCCAACCGUCAAAGAUACUUCAAUCAGCUCGUGCAAGAAAAUCCAAGAAGAAGAACUCACCUUUACUAGACGAAAAAGGAAUUGAACUAGUGCCUUCUUCAGUGAUUGUACCUGAUUUGGUGUCGACAGGAUCGGUGGCUCCCCAAGGUUCUUCCGAUGGUGGACCAAUUUCUAACGAAAAUCCUUCAGUUGGUUCAAAUAUGCAUCAAGCAAUUCUUACAGAUGGCGAAAACUCUGCAACCCAUAGCUACAGAAAAGAUUCUUUUAAUGAAAAAUUGCAUCCGGUUUAUCGUUAUUUUACAUUCCGUGAGGCAACAGAAGGGCCAGCUGAAGUUACCCAAGAUAGUUGUGUCAAAAGCCAGUGCAAUUUUCAGGGCUGUAACUUUACUAUCAAGGGAAACAAAAUGGCAAAUCUCAUGCUUCACUUGAGUUUGCAACAUCGCGAUACAAAGGAAUUUGCUGAGUUCGUAUCUUUGAAUGACAAAUAUGAAGCGCAGCGCCUUAAAUCAAUGGACAACCCGUCAGACCGAAUUCAACCACGAAAGAGGCCCCUUGCGAAAAUUGCUGGCAACACCUAUCAAGAAUACCUUGCUUGCCGCAAAAAACAACGGAAAGACUUGGGCGUCGGGACUGCAAUGUCAUCCUCGUUGGUAAAGGGUCAGCAAAAUAUUCGUAAUCAACCAACAACUUCCAUUAUGGACGACCAACAGAUUUCAUCAAACGUUGCUAAUAAAGCAACUGCUCAGUUACCUGUCCACACUCCGGAACAAGAACUCGACUUUAUCGGACCGGACAUCCCUUUUGAAUAUUCUUCUUUAAGAACAACCGUUCGUGAUCAACCUUUGCUCGAUUCGACGUUUCCGAACUAGGACUUUCUACAAUUAUUUACCUUAUUUCUUAUACGUUUGGAAGAAGUCAACAAGUUUGUGUUAAUUUACUGCAAAAGGAAAGAUAAGCGAGGAUUUUUUUUUUAGUCACUGGAGAGCAGCGAACCAUCGAGAAAAGAUUGUUUGUGGAUUUUUGUUUUCUUACGUCUGAAUAAGUUUUAUUAUUUGCUCGUGUCAUUUAAUUUUUUUUUUUUAAGUGAACUUAUUUUUUUUUUUUUGUUAACCAAGAAACCAAUUAAACUUAACUUUGAUGUUA